CGCCGUCAUAGGCGCUGCUGCCUCCGCUGCUGAAGGUGUACUCUACGUCAGUGCGAGUGAAAAACGUCCAAAAAAAAUCCAAGGCAAAUUAUUUAAAAAGAGUGUGCAAAUAGACGGGCGACGACAUCGGCCCCUAGAGGAUUAAACAGCCAUAAACACCAGGGAGAAAAAAAAACAUAGCAAGCAGCAGCGAGACAUCCGGACAAGUCCCCACGAGAAGUUGCGAUGCCUUUUGUGACGCCCCGCACGGGGACGAGCAGUGCAAGCAGUGCACCCGGCGGACGCACCACAUUCCGCCCGCCAUGGGUAAAGGAUGACGGCGGCGCCUCUGCCACGGCCAGCACCACAAAGCCCAGCACCACGCCGUGGGCCAAGAAGAACGCCGAGGCCACGCCGGCGACCAAGGAAAAUGGCGAAAAGUCCACAACAACCAAGCCAAAGGCAACUACAGUGGCCAAGAAAACCACCACGACGACCGCUGAACCGACCAAAAAGGUGCCCGAACCGGCCAAGAAGUUGGCUGAACCCGCCAAAAAGACGCCCGAGCCAACCAAGAAGGUGGCUGAGCCCGUCAAGAAAUCUUCCCUGGCGACCAAGAAGACACCCGAACCCGUAAGCACCAAGAAAGCGCCCGAGCCCGUUAAGAAGGUAACGCCCACUGCUGUGACCAAGAAGCCACUGGGCACCACCUCGGCGCUAAAGAAGAAAAAGGAGCCAACACCACCACCCGAAUCCUCAUCCGAGGAAGAGGAGAGCGAGGAAGAGGAGGAGGAAGAGACCGAAGAAGAGACCGAAUCCGAAGAGGAAGAAGAAAGCGAGGAGGAGAGCGAGUCUGAAGAGGAAAGCGAAGAGGAGGACACCACCGUCGACGAGAAGGUGCCCGAGCACGUUCGGAAGGCUGCCCAACUGCGUCCAACCCCCGUCAACAAGAAGCCGGAGCCAGAAAGUGAGUUGAGCCAACGUUUCACAAUGGAAAAGCCCAAGCUGCGCAGCGUGGUUGUCAAGCGGGACAGGUCGAUGAAGAAAAUGGCCACCGAGGACGACGACGAGGCCGAGGAGGGUGAGACCGAGGAGGAUCGCGAGCGGCGACGACGCUUCAAGCUGGAGAAGCCCAAGCUGCGGCAUGUGAAGCGCGAGGAGAAGCCGCUGCCCAGCAAGAGCACCGACGACCUGGCCAAAAUCCGGCCCGUUCUCAAGAAGGUACCCAAAAUCGAUGAGCUCCUCAAGGAGCCCAAGGAGGAGCCCAAGCCCGAGUUCACGACCAAGACCCUGCGCAAAGCGUCCCUGAAACGCGAGCCGAGCAUCAAGAAUGUUCCCGCCCCGCCGCCGCUGCCCUCGUUGGUGCCCAAGGCCCCGCCACCGCCACCACCGCCCCUGGCACCCGGCGAGAAGCGAGAGCUCAGCAGCACACAAAAGGAGACACUCGAGAAGCUCAGGACACGACCUAGAAGGCGCCCGGACUGGUCCGAAAUGAUGAAGGAGGUGGAGAGCGGCAGGAAGCUGCGCCAUGUGGCCUGCAACGAUAGAUCUCAGCCCAUCUUAACAUGCAAAUCUAUGACCAAAGUGGACGACAAGUUCAUUUACGAGACGGAAAAGGACAACUCGCACAACAAGCUACUCAAGCAGAUCCAAGGCGGCAUCAAGCUCAAGCCCACACGCACCAAUGAUCGCAGCAAGCCCGUGCUGGAUGGUCUGCGCAAGUUCCGCCGCCAGAUGACCAUCGAGGAGCAGCUACAAAAGUCCCAGUCGAAGAUCAACAUGCUCAGCGAGGCACCCAGCAGCCAUGCUCUUGGUCCAGCUAGUACAACCGCUUUGGGUGCUGGAGGAUCCCGACCUAGCAUUGUGUCGGCGAUGUCCAUUGACGAGGAGAGUCCCGACGAGCUGGACGACAUUGACAAGAUCCGUGACGAUCUCCAGAGCACCAAACAGAUGCUGGCUUUGGAGCUCCGCAACCGAGAGGCACAGGAACGUGAAAACAAAAAGCUGCUGGCCAAGAUCCGCACCCUGGAAACCGAGCUGGAGCGAGAGAAAUCUCGCGAGAAGAACCUGGAGUAUGGUUCCAACGUGAUCGUGGCCACCAUGGAUCCCACGCCCACAGCCGAACAGACCUUUGUGAACAGCCUGAAGCGCGAGGUCGAGGAUGCACGCAAGGUGUCCAAGGAGGUGGAACAGAACUACAAGAGCACCAGCGAGCAGCUGGUGGAGGCCAAGACCGAGGUGGAGGAGCAGCGCAGACAGAUCCAGCUGCUAGAGCGCAAAUUGGCAGCGGCCUUGAAGGCGACACCAAGCACUAACAGACUGCACAUUAGUAAUUGCUUUGCUUACGACGACGACGACGACUACGACGACGAUUGCUUCCACUACGACCACUACCGCUCAGCAAGGCACCAGGGCGGUGGAUCUAUGGAUGGAUCGCGACGACCCAGCGAUGCCAACUUCGGGCGUGACAGCUCGCCGGAACUGGAGCUGGAGGUCAGCGAGAGCGAUCCGGAUGAGCCGGAGGAGAAGAAGACGGAGCGCAGGGAGCGCCGGUCUGGUAAGGAGCUGAAGGUCCUGCGCAGCAAGCUGACCAAGCUGAAGGUCAAGGAGGAGGCGGCCAAGAAGGAGAAGGAUGCCCUUAAGCAGGCCAUGAAAAAGAACCACGUGAUUCUCAAGGAGGAGAACAAGAAGUUCAAGAAGCUGGAGAAGGAGGUACAGAAGAUGGCUGCCUCGAUGAAACUAGACGAGGACGACGUAGACGGCGAGGAGAAAGACGAAGACGAGGAGGAGCCCGAGGAGAAGGACGAGAGCGAAGAGGAGGAGGAGGAGUCCGACGACGAGUCCGAGGAGUCGGAGUCUGAGGCCAGCGAAGCGGAGACGGGCAGCGAGUCCGAGCCGGAGGACUCGCCGAACUCCGUGAAGAAGGCGAACGUGGAGCCGCGGGUGAAGAAACACGAGAGCCGGUUCGCCGCGAUGAAGAAGUGCAACGUGCUGCUGCAGGCAAACGUGGACAAUUUGCAGGAUCAAAUUGUGCAGGUGCGAUCGCGGGCCACCAACUUGCAGGACGAACUGGACGCGGUUAUUGCCGAUCUGGGCUUCUAGUCGGCGUCCUUGUUUCCUGUUUAAGUCUCCGUCUCCGUUCCUUGCCUUUUUUCGUCCUUGCUGCCGGAAAAUUAUUAUUUCUCUGAUGUAAACAAUUAAUAAACAAACAAAAACUAACUAGAGAUGGGCUAAUAUCGAUAUCUUCGGAUAAAAAAUCGAACAAAA